AACAAGAACGUUUAUUAAUGCAAGGUUAAACAUUGCUCAAUCUCUUUAGUUAUUUUGCUAGUUGUUGUUAUCCUUGAUUAAGUGUGUGAUAUUAAAUGACACGAGAGGCAAAACAGGCCCAUGCUCCACUAAAGUGCAUAAACUGUGGUCUGUGAUACAGCACUAACGCUCGUGGAUUUUAUGUUGUUCUUCAUCUAGUAUAUAUCAGUUAUAUUUGAAUACUAUGUGAGAUUGUGUUGUUAUCCCCUCGUCAUGUUAACAGUGUGGUCCUAUUUACCCGUAUUAUUGGCACCGUUCCUGUUCAAGCGUUCAAGGACUUUCCCGAGCGAACCCUCUGUAAAAUGAGUGCUUACCCCGGCAAAACACCGUGACACAGCAAGCUGUCCCCGCAUUACCUCUGAACCCAAGAGAGUACCUGACUCGAGAGGAAAGCGCUGUAAUUGUACUUAAAAAGGGAAAGUGUAUGUUGUUAUGAAGCGCCUACUGUAGCAACCGCCGCCUCGGCUCGGACUGAUCAUCAUUGGGAACAGACAGCAAACAUCAUAUCGUGGAUUCUCAACUCGGGCGGGUGAGAGCAAUUCCCACCCACGGUCGGGUUUAUGGAUAGUACACUACUAAAUGAUUGACUUUAGCACACGGUGGGACUGAAUAAAGCAUAUAAAACUGAUUGCCCCAAUAGCUGACGCCCGAAAAAAACUGUUCAUUUGCACUUUGACAAAAGUUGGGACGCUUUUAUUUCUUUGACGAUUGUUGAGGGACGCCUACGCGUCUCCGAUAAUUCUCCGACGACCAUUUGAUUAUUUUUGCUCACACAGACGUGCGCAGCUUCUUCACGUCUGUCUGACUGAAACUUUUUCAAGGGAACACUUUGCCUGGAAGGGGAUUUUGCCGAUUAACUUGUUGCGGUGAGUCUCGUUUAAACCCUAACGGCCUGUGUGUACUGGACUGUCUGUUUGAUGACUAUGGAGGUUCCGAUCGGGUUAGGGGAGGUUUACGAAUCCCCAGACGCAGCUUCUCACGGUCCUUACCAAAGUGUUUUUCAAAGCGUACGCGUUGUGCGAGCGAACAACACCUCCGUCUCGGAGAGUUUGGACAUUUCGAGCACAAAAAAGUGCGGCUGCUUGCACGAUAAAGCGGCGAGGGAAAUGCGUUUGAGCAAGUUGUCUCCCAGCCCCGAGAAAGAGUGCGAGAGUGCGAGUUCACUGAUGGAGGAAGAGGCGAGCCGUUACCAUUUUCUCAAGAGUUCAACAGGAAGCAAAAGCGCCCAGUCCCUGUCAUCUGGCGGCUGUGCAGACACGGGUUUGCAUUGGAGCGCCGAAUCAGGACGGAAAUGCAGCGGUGCCGCUGAAGUUCACACACGCGAGUUGGGUUUGAGGCGUGACGCAAGUGUGGCGAGUAGUCGCGCGUGUAGCAGCACCAUCUCUGAGACAGCGCGAGAGCUGUGCAAAGCCGUGUCCGUGUCUUUGGGGUUGGCCAUGGAGUCCAGCGAACUGGGCGAGGUGGGACAGCACCAUGCGCCGCCACCGUCCCUGACCAACGAAAGUAGUAGUGAAGAAUUCUAUUUGUUUGGAAUGCCUUUGCUAGACUGUUCAGUGAGUAAACGGGAAACAGGAGGAAUGGACAGGGAGUAUGCACUCGCGGCGGGACGAGACAGAGGUUGCGAGCUGCAGGGCAGGGAUAAACUGUUCGGGAUGUUUAAAAGUGCCAACCUGGAGCAUCUACCAGGUGAGGUGACGACCUUUCAGUGCAGCAACCCGUCUCAUACGCACUUGCGCGCGGAUGUGCAAGAGGCGCCUGAGUUCGCCAGCAUGUCCGGGGACAUUGCCAACCUGAGUUCUGAAGGUUUAUCAGCAACGACAGCUCCGGAUAUGGACGCAACACGGGCAGCUUCGUGCCAGUUCGAACAACUUUUGCCAGCGCACACGACCCACUAUGUCCACCCGGUACCUUUGCCUUCAGAGCUUGAUAACGGGCCGUGCCAGAGCUUUGUGAAGUUCGCAGCGAUGUCCGGUGAGGAGAGAUACUCCGAUUACCUGAAUAUGCACAACGUCAAAAUAAAGGCUGAGAUGAUGCCCCGUGAACUGAACGAGACCAGGACGUACUCGCAUAGGUACAACGAGGACAGUAACGGAUACUACGGGCCUCCCAAGCAGAGAAAUCCUUACACUACUGGACACGAAACACCAUUUAUCUGUAACCCCUACGAGUACGCGCGCGGCGGGACUCUGAGACCGCAGGAACGACCUCCGCCCGAACAGUGGUACCCGGGCGGGAUGUUGACCCGUCCGCCAUACCCUAACGUGCCCUGCGUGAAAAACGAGGUGGGCGAAUGGCUGGAUGUUACAUCAUUAACGGACGGCAGGUUUGAUGGAGGAAGGAGUGACAUUUUCCCAGUGGAGUUUUUCCUUCCACCACAAAGGACAUGCCUAAUCUGCUCUGAUGAAGCAUCUGGAUGUCACUAUGGAGCACUCACUUGUGGAAGCUGCAAAGUCUUCUUUAAAAGAGCUGCUGAGGGGAAGCAGAAGUAUCUCUGUGCUAGCAGGAAUGACUGCACCAUUGAUAAACUGAGGAGGAAGAACUGUCCAUCCUGUCGUCUGAAGAAGUGCUUUGAGGCAGGGAUGACCCUGGGAGCCCGUAAGCUGAGGAAGAUCGGACAGAUGAAAGGUUCAGAGGAGGUUGGUGCCAUUCAGGGCCCGGUGGAGACAAUUCAUCACCUUUCCCCCAAGCCGAGCCUGAUGUUCCACUCUCAACUGAUCUUCCUCAACAUCCUGGAGGCCAUCGAGCCUGAGGUGGUGAACGCCGGCCACGAUCACGCUCAGCCGGACUCUGCGGCUGCUCUCCUCACCAGCCUUAAUGAGCUGGGAGAGAGGCAACUCGUCAAAGUAGUGAAAUGGGCCAAAGGACUUCCAGGUUUCCGUAAUCUGCAUGUGGACGAUCAGAUGACAGUGAUCCAGCACACCUGGAUGGGAGUGAUGGUCUUUGCUCUGGGCUGGAGGUCCUACAAGAACGCCAAUGCACGGAUGCUGUACUUCGCCCCAGACCUGGUCUUCAAUGAUCAUAGGAUGCAUAUCUCCAGCAUGUACGAGCACUGCGUUCAGAUGAAGCACCUCUCGCAGGAGUUUGUGCUGCUGCAGGUUACACAGGAAGAGUUUCUCUGCAUGAAGGCGCUCCUGCUUUUCAGCAUCAUUCCAGUGGAGGGGCUGAAGAGUCAAAAGUAUUUUGAUGAGCUGCGUCUUACCUACAUAAAUGAGCUUGAUCGUUUAAUCAACUACGGCAGAAAGACCAACUGUGGCGUGCGCUUCCAGCAGCUGACCCGACUGAUGGACUCACUGCAGCCAAUUGUUCAGAAGUUGCACCAGUUCACCUUUGACCUCUUUGUCCAGGCUCGGUCCCUGCCCACCAAGGUCAGCUUUCCCGAAAUGAUUGCUGAAAUAAUAUCGGUCCAGGUGCCAAAGAUCCUCGCUGGCCUGGCUAAACCAAUACUGUUUCACAAGUGAUAUGACUAAAACCCUGUACCACCGAUCCAUACCAACCCCACCCAGUCAAUAUGAGCCAGUCAGUUCGGCCUGAUCCAGUCUGAUACAGCCUAAACCAGCCUGCGGACUCGACUCGAGUGACACGACUGAACAAUACUGAAUUUUGGUUUUCCAUUUUUUUGCAUCUCUCUCCCUUUCUAUCUCUGUCUCUGUCACUCCCUCCUUUUGAAAAAUGGUCCUGAAAAAUAGCGGGACCAUUUCAUCAUUACAGUUGUCUAUCUUCUCCUCAGAGAUCAUUUGAGCUCAUUUUCUCAAACUGACAGCAUGGUGUGAAGAAGGUUUUGUUCUUUUGUUCGACCAGCAGUUAUCCUUCAAGAGUUACAGCGUGUUGCCUGGUAGACAAGUUGGGGGAAAAAAUCACGCUGAAGUUUCAUCUGAGUCCUUAAUCUAUAACAACAAAAAAAGAUGUUAGCAGCAUGCAUAUGGAAUUACAUUCAAACAUCACAUAAACUGAGACUUGAUUUUAUGUACUGGAGACCAUUUGGUCUGACUCUUGUUAGUUAACAACACACUACUUAAUAUAGUACUGUACUACAACAAACAGUCUGGUAUUCAGGACAGAAGGACAUCAGCUGACUGGCAAACAGUGUUCCCACUGCUUUAUCAGUUUAUUGAUUGUAAAACAAACGCUUCAUUCAUUUUUUUUAUGAAAUGUGGAGGCUCUUUUUAUCGUGUUUAAAACGGCUUCAGUGAUUUGGGGUUUUCUAAAGAUUGGUGCAAAAGUUACCUUUUUUGUUAAAUUGAACGUCUGUAAAAAUCUGUCAAAGUGGAGUUUGAAUUUUGCUCUUGUUACUAUUUUACUGAGAAUUAAACAUAAGAAACUUCUCAAAGUCAUAACACAAAGAGUUGCCUCCUCUAGACAGCGGACUUUUGUUAAGACAGUGCUCUUUUUUUCAAACCUGGAUAUUUACAGUAAGUACAAGUUUUAGGGUAUAAUGGUGAAAGUUUAAAGACUUGUAUAUAGAACAUAAUUACAGGAAAGCUUGGGUCAGUGUAGACGGUUGAAAUAUAAAUGCAUGCCGUCGUCAUAUUCAUCACGACAAAAAAAACAACAAAUAAUUGCAUGCUAAAUCCCUAGUUAUUCUAACAAACCAAACUGCAUUUCCAGUAAGCUAAAUGGAUAUUGUUAGGAAACGGGAAUGUUUCCCAUAAGGCUCUUAUGAAGUUACUCACUCUCUCUCUCUGUUCUUAAUGGAAGAUUUGGCAAGGCAAUGUUCUUGUAUAUAUAUAUAUGUAAAAGUUAAGCGUGGUUCUUUUCAACCUUUCUAUGUGCUAAUGUAUGAAUGUAGUCAAUAGUUUUACGAUACAGUUUCCUAGUAAAUGCCACCGAUGAAUUUGCAUUUCUCUGUGCUAGCAAUAAGUAAUCAGAUGCUUAACACACUCAUUUAUCAAGCUCUUCUUGGGAUACCAAAACAUGCUUAAAUGGUGCACAGCUUUAAAAAACAAAACCGAUUAAAAAAAAUAUGCUUAGAGAUAUGCUUAUGUGCUAAAAUAGGAUAGUACUGUUACGUUAUCAGAUAAAUAAUCACUAGUACCAAACAUCUUAAAGUCGACAUGAAAUGGAAGUUGUAACCGUCUUUACUUCCGGAUUGUGACGUAUUUCCGAGUAAAACAGCUCAUCGAACAAGAAAAAAAUGUGAGUUUAUCCUUUGGUUGUUGAUUGGAUUGUGAAUUUAUGGGCACUGCGUAUCGGAAUGGAGGCAGAACUGAAUGCAAGUUUGCAGUGGACACACACACCCCAACCACUAUGCUGCUCGAGUUAGAGCCGAUUAUCUGUGAAAUUGAGCAGCAUGAUCAAACUGACAACAUAAGCGCAAAAGCACAUUGCUGUCUUUGCUUACGAAGAGGUUGUAGCCGUUGAAAAAUUAGUGAUUUUAACGUUUUGAAUCACAAUGUACUAAAUAUAAAGGAAAAAAAACACUUACUCGUGUUGUGCAUCCCAAGAUAACUGCAUUCAAAAAUAUAAAUAAACUCCAGAUGCAUCCGAAGCGUUGUAUUCAUUAACGAUCACCUCAGCAAUUGAGGUGUGAAAUGUCUCACUGUUAUUCCUCCUCAUUCAAAAUGUAAAUUCAAGCCAGCUGAACCGUAACCAAGGAAGUUUGGGUUAAGGAACGGUAGUUUUGAAGGAAAACAGAUGGAAAUACACCUUGCCAUCUUCACUAACAUGCGAAUGACGCUUCAUUCAACUCUACACAAGGUUGUGGUAUUUAUAAGAAAGGGGCAGAUUUUAAGCGGACUAAAUGAUUGAAGUCCUGAAUACGUCACCAGAGAGAAGUCUGUCGUUUCACCAAGUUAUUACAUUUUGAUUAAAUAUUACAAGGUAAAAAAACAAAAAAACAAAAACAUAUGCAUGGGUGAAUUGUUCACAAUAAGACCACUAACAUGCUUUUAGAACAUAGGGUGAAUUUUUAUUUCAUGCCGACUUUAAUCGCCAUAGACUGUCGCAAAUUGGCGGCAAGUGGUGCUAAACUCUCGUGCUUAUUCAAGAGGGCUCUAACUGAGAAAAAAGAUUAAACAAAAAUGAUACGUAGCCUAUGUAUUUGUACUUCUUUAUUUAUCUAUCAGAACAGAACAUCUUUACUCUCUUUCCUCAUACAGUAGCUACAGCACUGCGCAUAUUUUCUAGGCAUUGUGUCACCUUUUCUCUCUGUGCUCUCGGUUUCUAAAUGAUUGAAUAAUACCUGCAGCGUUAUGUAUGUAGAUAACUCUUUAAAGAGCCCUGAAUUCUCAGCGAUGUGUUGUCUUUGUCAGGCCUGGCAUGACCUGGGGACUUUUGGCAGAGAAGGGAGUUUUCCAGAAAGUUAAAACGAUGAGAUAUGAUUUCUCGUCGCCGCGGAGCAUGUUGACAGUUUAAAUGUGCCAGGCAAAGAAUAGGCUGUCAGAGACAGCUCCUCUGCUCUGACAGCACCAAGCACCACGCAAUUACACGCAGGUGUUUACCCAUUUAGACGGCCCGAAAGCACUCAUUAGAAUUUGCAGAACUCCAAACGGCACUUUUACCCUGCCAAAAAAAGAGCUCAUGACUUCCACCGCAAAUAUGUGGUGCUUCAGGGCAGAGCCAAACACUUUGAUCAAAAAGUCAUUAAUUAGACGGUAGACUUCAAGAGGAUUUGAUGGCAAUUAUUGACAAACUGCAAGAGAACGCAUGCACUUAAACACAGCUGCCCAGCUUUAGUUUAUAUUCGGUUUCGACAGGGAGGGAUACGCUCUCACUCGUCUGUUUACUGUGGAAAUUUUGUAAUAUGUCGGUUACUACUCGAUGUAUCACCUCGUUUGGCUCAUGUUGCACUCAUGGACUGACUUGUGCUUGGAUUUACAUUGUGACUUUCUUAACACAUCUCUUAUGAUAUAAAAUGUAGAACUUUUGUGGGUGUUGGUUUUCAAUUAAAGUCUUAAAUGGUUUCAGAUCUCUGCUUUAAGAUUUAUCUUACUGUGUGCAGUGUGGUCAGCUAAUAACAAAAGCACAUAUGUGUAUGUUUAUAUGCUCUCUUUAAAUCUGUUCACAGGCUCUGCAUCACCUCCAUUAUAUGUACAAACACAAUCACAAUAUUUCUUUUUUUUUUUCUGACAAAAAGCCACAAGGAUAUUUGUGUAUUCACAUUUGUGAAUGUGAUGUUUU